AUGUCAUCUACAGACAUCGAUAGUAAGAUCGAUAGAAUAGGGCUUUUAACUGAACAGAUCCUUACGUCAGACACCUCGAAAACUCGGACCCAACAUGUGGUGAAAGCCCAUAUCUCAUCAUUGGUGUCUGCGCUUGGAGGACCAGACCAUUCGUCAGAUAUCUAUCCUCCUCCAUAUAAAUUGGGGAUGAAUGCGCUCGCUGUGCUCAAAGAUUUGAAACGAUGGCUCAAGUUUGACCAGCGAUCCAAGAAAUGGGACGUGGCGUUGGCAAUUGGCGAAACCAGUUUGGUCACCAGUGAUAUUUUGAACAUCCUAUACGAUUGGGAAACCAUGUACGCUACCGGCGAGAUCUAUUCUGAGGUUAACAAAAACGUGAAGAUUUAUCGAGACAGAAUUGCCUGUCUUUGUUUGGAACUCCUUGUGCCGUUGACUUGGCCAAUACAAUUGGUCGAUCACGAAUCAACUGUUAAUCAAGUGAUCAAUUUCCAUAAACUCAAGGCCCACCAAUUGAUUUACAAAAAAAAUAUUCUUGGUUUCCGUGGGGGGAUCAUUUUCAAAGCUAUUAUUAGGCUUAUUAUUCCGAUUAUCUCAUUGCAAAAACAUCAACGAAAGAUCAGAGAUAACAGCAUUUUAAACUUGUGUGUGUUAUUUCUUAGAAACAUCAUGAGUAUCGAACCAGACAAUGCUUCUUUUGUGUUGAAAGAUAAAGCGGCCAAAAGCUCGUCGAAAUUACCUCAGAAGCAUUCCAAUCUCCCUGCGGAAGUCUCCAUGGAAGACGUUUCUUUGAAUACAAUAAUAAAGGUGCUUCACGAUAAUAAAGUGUUGAAGUUUUUCCUCACUUUGUUUGCCGGGUUGGGAAAAGAAUUUGACGAUCAGAUCCUUGGGUUGGGAUCUUUAGAAUGUUUAUAUUUCUUGACCAACGGUAUCAAUAUCAAAACAUUGGUGGCUAGUAAUAAUAACAAUAACAAUAAUAGUGAUGACGAUGAUGUUGAUAAUAAUAAUAAUAAUAAUAAUAAUAAUAAUAAUAAUAAUAAUAAUAAUAAUAAUAAUAAUAAUAAUAAUAAUGAUAAUAAUAAUAAUAAUAACAACAAUAAUCAUAAUAAUAAUGGUAAUAGCACUACAAAUGAUACAUCUAAUACCAGUGUUGCCGGUCUUCAACUCCAAGAUUUGUUGAAAAAAGAAACAAAAUUAAAAACAAAAUUCAUCAAGGAAUCUGCAUCGCGGCACUCGAGAUUCGGAUCAUUAUUAUCAUUUGAUAGUAUUGAAACCGGAAGAUUGGCAGUGAGUGGUCAAAAGGCCUUAUUAUCUACCGAGAAAACCAUUGAAUCAUUGAAUAGGUCAAAAAAAUGGAGUGCCACUUCCCAACGACUCGUCGGGCAAUCCGAAGACUUCAAUGACCCUAGUGAUAAGAAAAUCAAGUAUUUAUCAUCUGAAUCGCAAUCUGCGUUAUUACAAUUUGCCAGAAAAUUCAUGGAUGGAGGAUUUAACCAAUUCGUUAUCGUUGUUGGUAAGAAGUUCCGAGGUAAGGAAUUCACAAACUUGCAUUGCAUCCAGUAUUGUCUAGUGUCAGCAUGGUUUCUAGAGUUUGAAAGAUCGCAAAAGCAAUUGGAAAAUGGAAAAGUCACCAAGCAUAAAAGACCCAGUGAUGAUUAUGAUGCGAAAUUGGUGCAAUUAAUUGAGGCUACAAAAAUUGGCGGUAACAAUAAGGAAGAAAACCAAGAUGAAAAUCAGGAUGAAGAUGACGAGGAUCUGAGUGAGUUUGGAUUGAUUGGUAGUGUAUUAUUAGAUGAUAAUAUCCGGUCCUUGAAGGUGUUUUUAGCAAAAGAGAAGGAGAAUGCUGAUGUGUCGGUAUGUCAUGCCACCCUUAUUGUCCUCAAGGAGGUAUUGAUUUUAUUGACCGACAUGACAAAAUCAAAGUAUGAUCAAGACGUGGAUAUUGCCAUUAACACCAUGAAGAAGAUCUUCACUGAUGAUUCGUUUUUGAGCGGAUUGGUAAUAAUCGCGAAGAAUGGUGCCAACAAAAACUUAUCUUUUGUCAUGACGGUGGCUGAGCUAUUAGACAUUUGUUUUAGAACUUUAGAACGAUUGACUAAAGACGAUAAGUUGGUGGUGAUGAAGAAAAAGAAACAUGAUAAUAAUAAUGACGAAGAUGAAUUGGCCCGGAGAAAAUUCAAAAUGAAGAUUUCGGAGUUCAAUUUUUCAGAUUUUUUUUACCAGUUUAUCAAUGAAAAAACAAUCAAUACUUACAUGAGACUUUUCAAAUCUUAUGAAACGAUCGACCUUAUCCAUUUGAAGCGGGCCUUGCGCUUUUAUCACCGGGUCUAUUUUUCUUUCAAACAACACUCGUUAUUGAUGCGGCUUGAUUUUUUAUCGUUACUCCAUACCAUUCUCUCGCCAAGUAACAAAGUUUUUUUUGCAGAAGAAAUGUCGUUACGUUAUGAAAUGGAGGAUUUCUUCAAAUAUUACAUGAAAUCGAUCCGGCAUCACUUGGCCAGUACUCCAUCGUUAGGAAUCGAACUAUUGUUUCCUAAACUGCGAAACACUGUCCAUUAUUUGACCACCGGGGAAAAAGAACUCGAAGUGAAAAUGAGAGAUAUUGCGGUGGAUCCCGAGCUGGUGAGAUUAGUCAAGCCUAUCGAAUUCAAACCGAGCAAAGAUUUAUCGUUGGAUAAACAGUUUGGGGUACUUGUCACUCAUCUCAUGAAAUCUAAAAAAUCGGAGGAACUUGUGAAGUACUUACGCGACAAAUUGGCAAUGAUGAUUAAUCAAUGGAUCAGACUGGACAUGGAUGGUACAGAAUUUCAAAAUAAGAAGUUAGAGUACCAGAAUGAAAUUAUGAAGAAAGAGAUGCUCAGAAAUGCAGGGUAUCAAUUAUUAUUGAAGAUCAUUGGAUUUGCAUUGCCUACUAUUUACGGUGAAGAAUGUACAUUGGCUGCCGAUACCACAUUAGUCCAUGUCAGAGAAUGUCAACGGUUGAUGGUCAAAUAUAUUGAAAAUAGUUUUGAGUUCACAGAGGAUGAAAAUUUCGGGAUGUACGUGAGAAAAGUCAAGGAUGAUUCUUGGGAUGGGUAUGAUAAUUACGAUAAUUAUGGAGAUGAUGAUAAUUAUGGUUUUUCAGAUGAUUAUUACAAAGAUGAUGAUGAUGAUGAUGAUGAUGAUGAUGAUGAAGAAGAAGAAGAAGAAGCACCACAACAUGACAAAGACACUGAGGAAAUGAUCAGCAUUAUCAACCAACAGUUGGAUAGCCAACUACUUUCAGAAGAGGUCAGGGGUAGAUUGAUGAUGGAGUUGGAAGAAUUGCAACUUCGGAAAGCGGAAUUGGGAAAAUCUAGAAAAAAGAAGAAGAAACCACAAAAGAAGAAAUCCAAAAAGAGAACCAGAGCCAGAGUGGUAGAUGAGGAGGAGGAUGAAGAAGUAGAAUUAAGACAGAAGAAAAAACCAAAGAAGAUCGAGGAUCGGUUCACUUCUGCAAUGUAUAUUGAUUCCGAAGAUGACGAGAGUGACACUGAGGCAGAUAAAUUGUUCUUUGAUAAAGAGAAGAAGUUGCGGCAAUUUAUUAAUGCUCGGGGUGGAGCGAUUAGUAAGGAACAAUAUGAGGAGUUCAAUACCAAGUUUGCAGCGGGGACAUUGGUGGAGGGUGAGUUGGCGAUUAGUGUCAAUCCUUAUGAACAAUUGGUAGAUGAGCCUGAUAAUCACAUUUUAGAGAAUACCGUGAAUAACGAUGUUGCUGGUAUAACAGAUGAUGGUAGUGAGAAAAUUGAGGAGGGUGAAAGCAGUGAUCACGAAAAUGAGAAAUCUGAUAACAAGGAUAAUGAAAACAGUGAUGAGGAUGGAGAGGUAACUGAUAAUGAAGAUGAUGAGCGAAGUGAUAAUGAAGGUGAGAAAAGUAAUGAUGAUAAUGGUGAUGACGAUGGUGAUGAUAAUAGUGAUGACGAUGGGAACAAUUUUAACGAAGAGGAAGAGGAAGUCAUUGGCGUCAAGAGCUCUAGUCGUUCCAAGCCAGUUAUUGAAGAUGAUGAAGAAUGA